AUGUCGUUUGGAUUCCCAGGAAGAUUCCAGAGGCGACGUGAAUCGGAAUAUGAUCGAGAACCUCGCUUAUCAAAGACGUCGGUAUACACUUGCCCAACUGUAUUUGAACCAGGCACUGGAGCUGAAUUUAUGGCUCGAUCUGGGUGGAAUCAGAGAAGCUGCUACAAGAACGGAACAAAUACUACUCCAAUCACUUUUUACGGAGCGAGCUGGUCCAAGCGGAUAUUAACGGGCACAGUUGUUAUAUUAGCAAUUCUUCUCAUUGUAUUUAUUGUUACUACUAUUACACUUUUUGCCUUAAAAGUGAUCAUUAUUAAUUAUCGGCAUGAAGAAAUAUCUGCUACAACACCAAACGUUUUAUCAUCACAAUAUCCACGUGUACCUUCAAAUAUGUUGCCUCCACCCGUUGAUCUACUGCAGUCUCGGACAUUUUUGCUCGAUUUACAGGUUUUGAGUCAAGCAAAUUCUGCCUACGAUAAUCCAUCAAAUUAUGAGUACCAGCGUGCUUCUCAAAUGAUUCUGAUAGCGAUGAGAAAUCUUCUGAAACGAUCAACACUUAAUUAUUAUAUGAGAGAUAUAAUAAUGCGAAACAUCGAAAAUAGUGGAAAUGACCUACUUGUGCGCUUCGUUCUCGAACUGUCCGUCCCAUCGGGUCUUCAGAUCAAUCCUGAUAUUAUUAAAAAUGUUAUUCUAAGUGAGAUAAGUCAGUUUGAACGUCAGUUGAACGGAAUUGAAGUCGACAGGAAGCUUGUUAUUAGUGAAUUAUUUUGA